CUGCGUUUCCACCACCCUCUCCCAAAUUCGAAAUGGAUAGCCGUUGCGUGUAACAAAGUAACCCGUGACUUGAAAAACACCUAAUUCCACUGUUACAUUUCUUGCAAUCUUACCUGAUAGAAAGUUACAGGCUGAGACUUUGUUACCUGUAACAUUUCUCCCGCAAACACAAACUAUAAGAAAGUCACCUGUAACUUCCUCACAUUUUACCGAAGUGACAGGCAUCCAACCGGCCCCGAAAAGCCUCCAAACACCAUCACCGACAUCUCACUCCGUUGUCGGCUUUCCUAGACGAAGAAGAAGAGAGCAGAAGAUACAAAUAGGCAUGGAAACCCUACUCGUCGAAUGCGUUCAAAGCAACCUCCGCCUCUUCAUGCACCGAAACGCCAUCUUCCUCUGCGAACGCCUCUGCGCCGAGUUCCCAUCCGAGCUGAAUUUGCAAUUAUUGGCUAGCUGUUACUUGCACAAUAAUCAAGCUUACUGUGCAUACCAUAUUUUAAAAGGAACACAAAUGGCUCAAUCCCGCUACUUGUUUGCAAUAUCAUGCUUUCAGAUGGAUCUUCUUCGUGAAGCUGAAGCAGCGUUGUGCCCUGCUAAUGAACCUAAUGCAGAGGUUCCAAAUGGCGCAGCUGGCCAUUACCUUCUUGGGCUUAUUUAUAGGUACACUGAUAGACGGGAAAGUGCGGUCGAUCACUUUAUGCAGGCUUUGUCAAUAGAUCCUUUUCUCUGGGUUGCUUAUGAGGAACUUUGUAUCCUAGGUGCUGCAGAAGAAGCGAAUGGAGUCUUUGGUGUAGCUGCUGCUCUUCGCUUUCAGCAGCAGAACCUGCAUUCUGAACCAAGUUCUAGAAACUUGCAGACUGGCAGUGAGGAUGGUUCUGUACCUUCAAGUAGGACCUUGGGCUUGGAUGACACGAGCCUGAAGCAAGUGAAACAAUUACAUGGGAACAACCUCAGAGAUAUCCCUGGUCAUCCUCAUGGAGCAGUUGUGGCAGCAGGGGCUGCUAUUCAGACAGCAAAUAGCGGUCAUAAUGUGUCACUGUAUAAUACUCCUUCACCAGUGCCAGUACAGUUAUCGGGUGUUGCCCCACCACCUCUAUGUAGAAAUGUGCCGCCAAACCUGAGCACACAGGGUGGUGAAGGCUCUCCCAGGUCAACUGUCAAUGCAGUCAUGCAAGCCCCUCGGAGGAAGUUCAUGGAUGAAGGGAAAUUACGAAAGAGCCUCCGCUCAUCUUCUGCCCGUGCUGCAUAUUCCCAGGCAUGUCUGAAUGUUCUGUUGCAGGUUUCAGGGAGAUUAUUCUCUGAUUCCGCACCUCGGCGAAGUACCAGGCUUGCUGGAGAAGCAGCAGCAAAUUCAAAUUCAAAUGCCCCCCAAAUAGGAGGAAAUGGAACCAAUCAUUCUUCUACUAAAUUUCUCGGUACAUUCCGAGAAAGGGACAGUUCAAAAGUGAGCUCAGCAACAUUCCGUUCUGUGACAGUUCGAAAAGGACAAUCAUGGGCCACUGAAAGUUUAGACGAAGGGAGACGGCCUGAGGCUCUUGACGAUGCUCGGUCAGAUAAUACGGCGACAACUUCGUCUACUACAUCAGCAUCAGGUGAUGAUAGAUCAUUUGAACGGGAAAGAACAAAUAUGCAGAUGUGUGGGGCACUGACACAUGGAUCGAGAGUUACUGGUGGUGUGUUAGAGCUAUUGGGCCUCUUGCGAACUCUUGGGGAGGGCUACAGGCUUUCUUGUAUGUAUAGGUGCCAGGAAGCAUUGGAAGUUUAUCUUAAGCUCUCACACCGGCAGUAUAAUACAGGAUGGGUUCUUUCACAGGUUGGAAAGGCAUAUUUUGAACUGGUAGAUUAUUUUGAGGCUGAUCGUGCUUUUAGUUUAGCUCGCCGAGCAUCUCCAUACACUUUAGAGGGAAUGGAUAUCCAUUCUACAGUUCUUUUUCAUUUGAAGGAAGAGAUGAAGUUAAGCUACCUUGCUCAAGAGCUGAUAUCAACUGACCGGUUAUCUCCUCAAUCUUGGUGUGCUAUAGGGAACUGCUACAGCUUGCAGAAAGACCAUGAAACUGCUCUGAAAAAUUUCCAGCGUGCUGUCCAUCUAGAUUCAAGAUUUGCAUAUGCCCACACACUCUGUGGCCACGAGUACACAGCCUUAGAAGAUUAUGAGAAUGGAAUAAAGUGUUACCAAAGUGCUCUUCGAAUAGAUGCAAGACACUAUAAUGCCUGGUAUGGCCUUGGUAUGGUAUACCUUCGCCAAGAGAAGUGUGAGUUUGCAGAGCAUCACUUCCGAAAGGCUUUCCAAAUCAAUCCACGCUCAUCUGUUCUCAUGUGUUAUCUUGGAAUGGCUUUACAUGCUUUAAAGAGAAAUAAGGAGGCAUUGGAGAUGAUGGAGAAGGCCAUCUUGGCAGAUAAGAAGAACCCACUACCCAUGUAUCAGAAGGCUAACAUAUUACUGAGUCUUGAAAAACUUGAUGAAGCCUUGAAAGUUCUAGAGGAGCUCAAAGAGUAUGUACCUCGUGAAAGCAGUGUGUGGGCAUUGAUGGGCAAAAUUUAUAAACGACUUGGCAUGCACGAGAAGGCCAUGUUUCAUUUCGGACUUGCUUUGGAUCUGAAACCAUCUGCAGCUGAUGUUGCUACCAUCAAGUCUGCAAUCGAGAAAUUACAUGUACCUGAGGAAAUAGAGGAUAAUUUGUAGCUUUGGUGAUACUGCUGUGGGAAUUGCAAAGGGUAAAUGAUCUCCGCCUCAAAUCCGUUGGAUGGCGCCAUGGAGAGCUCUGCUUGGUUGUGCUUUCUGUUAAAUCAAGGAGAUGAAGCAGGCUAUUGCUAAAAGGUCUGUCCUAGUUGUUCUCACCAUGCACCCUCCCAUGCGCAGGCAAUCUUUGUAACAGUAAGCUUUCCAGUUUUGUAGCUUGAGAUAUACUUCGCAGCAGAGAAAGGAAUGAGAGCUCUAAGAAUUAAAAAAGAAAAGAAAAGCCUGCCCCCAUACAUGUAACAAUGAGCUAUUGGGUAUAAUGUACUGGAGUCCCGGAAAGGCUUUGUAUGAUUAUGUUUUAGCUUCUAACCGAAAUUCCAAUUUUCUAAUGAAUUUUCUUCUUCUUUUCUUCAAUAAGAAUAUGGGACCGAUGCGGACGAUAGCUUGAUCAGCA